CAAUUUUCAAUCCACAACAAAAGCACCGUCGCUAUUGAACAACAAAGCUCAGCGUCUCUGCUGCACUAUAAAUUAUCCGAUUUAAAAUAUUUUAAAUGAUUUAGUGUCGUUUACUGCUCGCCUCCCACACGUACGCCUCGCAAAAUGACGCACAACAACAGUUGCGUGCUUUGUUUAGCGACCGACUCACGAUGGGUUAUGGAAGUGUUUAGUGAGGCAAACAGGACGCUCGAUAUGGCAUUCAUCAUAUCAAAACAUUUGUGGUUCGAUCUUAAACCGGCAGCUAACCCGCGGGUGUGUAACGGAUGCUGGACAAGUGUACACGAUUUUCAUCUUUUCUACACUAAGCUGGAAAGCAUUCACAGCGAAGAUGCUGAGGAAGAGAACACUAUCGAACAAGAGAGUGAAAACAUUGACGAACCGGAGACAACAAUCGAGGCAAAGCCGGAGAUAAGUGAGCUCAGCAUAGCGAGAAGACCGUCUGGCAGAAUUACGAGCGUUCCAGUCAGAUUUCAACCCGAUGCUGAGACAGCAGCCAAGGACGAAAAGAAACAUUUUGUCGAGGUGAAUGAUUACAUCAGCAACGAUGACGAGUUUGAUGACUAUCAGCAUUCGGAGGACAAUUUGCUCGAGGAUGAUAGCCUCGAGACCGAACAUAUCGAUGAUUCGCCAGCGAUAACGCAAACGAAACCCGAAACGAAUGAUAGUGCUCCCGGUCCUGAAGAACAGCCAGCAAAGCGUCGUAGAGGCCGUCCACCCAAAGUGAAGCUGGAGCAAACAACAGACACGCCGAAAGAAAAGUCUCCCCCAGUUGCAGUAGAACCGACGAAGCGACCCCGAGGCCGUCCACCGAAACAGAAGCCGAGCGUACAGAGUAUGGAACAGAACGAUAAUCAGGUGAUCGAUACAAGUCCGCCGGCACAAACAACAUCCACCACCGACACGGUACCUGUUAAGCGUGGCAGAGGACGACCACCGAAAAGAUCGUUAGAGGGUACGAUAAAGAUUGAAACUGUUGAUGGAAAUCAGUCGGAGACGGGGCUGGUGGUGGAAAAAGCUAAACGGAAAACGGUACGCGCACGGAAGCCAACGUACGAGAGUGAAAGCGAUCAAGAUUAUUCGGAUUGUGACGAGUCGUUCGGUCGAAAGAAAUCCGGCAAGCAACGCACGAAGAAUGAUCGCGAUGAGCGUAUAUUCAAGUACGUGCAAGAGUUUUGCUGCCACUACUGCGUGGAGCAUGUGUCCUUCAAGCGCUUCAUCGAUGCCGACCGGCAUUACAAGCUGGUGCACAAUGAGCCGGGCUUUUUGAAGUGUACCAAGUGCGAGAAGAAAUGCUACACACCCGGCAUGUUUGUGAGCCACAUGGAGACGCACGAAAAUCCGGAAAAGAAUAAAUGUGAAGUUUGUGGAAAAAUUACAGACUGCAAUAUCUCGCUCAAGAAGCAUAUGCGCGUACAUCUCGGACAGCUGGAGCAGGACUUACCGUUCCCGUGCAGUCGUUGUAAGCGAAAGUUUGCUACGGAGGAGCAGCGAAACAAGCACGAAAAGCUGCACGUUCCAAAGCCUCUCGUCAAGCGCGACAAGGGCCCGGAUCUGGAGCUGCUGGCGUUCUACAAACGCAUCUACUGUGAUGUGUGCGAAGAGCAGGAACCCGACUCAACCUCGUUCGAGAACUUCUGGGAUUUGCGGGUGCACAUGGAGCAGGAGCACAACAAGGGUGCGUACCUGAAGUGCCCGCUGUGUGGCAAAAGAAAUCUCUACCGGCAGCAUCUGAUCACGCACAUCGAUCUGCAUAACAAUCCGGAGAAGUAUCGGUGCGAAGUGUGUAAGGAGAUUUAUCAAAACCUGGACUCGCACAUGAUUAAAGCGCAUACGCCGACCACGGCCAUUCCGGCGGACAAAAAGUACAAGUGUGAGCAGUGUGGCAGGAUGUUUAACUUCUUGGCAAAUUUGAAAAUGCACGUUGACUGUGUGCACGGUUCGAAGGACGUCCGCUGCAACGUUUGUGACAAAUACUUCAAUCUUAAAGCAUUCCGAGUGCACAAGCGAACAGCCCACACGGACCAGAUGCUCAUGUGCGAACACUGUCCCAAGAUGUUCAAAACGCGCGGUGCGCUGGAAGUACACAAAGCCAUUCACGACGACAGUCUGAUACAGUUUACGACCUGCGAGUACUGCAACAAGCAAAUCCGAUUAACAAACGUCAAGAAGCACAUGAUUUCGCAACACUCCCAGGAUGGACCGGUCAGCUGUGAGCUGUGCGGCAAAACGUUCCGCACGAUGUUCCACAUGAAGCGGCACCAGAAAAACACGUGCGAGGCAACGAUAGACUCCCGGAAGCACAAAUGCGAAGUGUGUGGCAAAGGGUUCUGUUUGAAGCUGACGAUGAUCGAGCACAUGACGACGCACACGCGCACCAACAAGUAUCAGUGCGCGUUUUGCUUAAAAUCGUUUGGCUACAUCUCGAACCUGUACAAGCACCGGAAGAAGGCACAUCCACUCGAAUGGCAGGAGAUACAGGCGCGGCCCGAGGAUAACAUAGCAUCGGUUAUCGUUGUACGAAACUAACGUACUUUCGAACCCAUUUGUACGUAGCGAUAGGGUGUUGAAGGGCAACGAAUGCAUGGGGAUAAAGUUUAAUGCAAAAAACAAUUCCAGCAUAGUUUGCGUAAUCAAACAAGUAGCUCAUUUUCUUGAUUGAUUCAACGUUGGCUACGUGUAACUUGAAUUACCCACAAAUCGGACUGUUUCAAGUAGCUUUUAUUGUGUAAAGUAACGAAUAAUUGUUUAAAUAUAAAGUAAUAGUAUUACUAGUAGCAGUACCCAACAUCCAA